AUGACCGAAGACACACAAGUGAGAGCAAUUGUGCUCUCCGUCGAUGAAACAACAAACACCAUAGUUUGCUUUUCGGAGCCGCUUGAAUCAAAAAUCAAUGUGAAGCUACCUCCCAAUUUUAUAGCGAAACAAGGACAACGCCUCACUUUCGGCGAUCACGAUUAUAACAAUGAGACGUAUUUUCCCGGUUCAAACCCAGAAUGGAUAACCAUUGAAGACGAUCCAUCUGUUCGUUUUGAAAACAAUGAAUUAUUGAUAACCACUCGGGCAGCUUUCUCAUUUUUGGACACGCAUCCAACAUAUUCAAAGAAGAAAGUCUACGCAGGAGGUUUUGGUCAUGUCGAAAUUGAAGAUCAUUUAAGCGAAAAAAUGGAUAGAGCCAUUGUCUAUAAAGUCGAGUUAUCCUUAAACGUAUUGGAAACAAAAGACAAUGAAAAACCUGUUUUCAAAGUGACAAAAGUUCACGAACUUCUUGAAUCGGAAGAUGUCGAGGCGUUUUUAAACGAUUUAUACGAGUUUGAUGAGAGGACUCCGGCUGAAACUGACGAUGAAGUUGAUAACAAUCAACAGGAAAUAGAAUUACCGCAUGUUCAUAUGAAUGAAAACACCGAAUCGAGUGCCAGAUCCGAGAGUCUGACUAGCUAUAAUCGUGAAACUCUACUAACUGUAGCCGAAAGAUCCAUGCCCGUUGAAGAACCACUGGAACAGGAAACCACUAAAAAUGUUCUAAUCGAUGUUAACAAUGACGCUUCGAAUGAAAAUGUAACAUCAACAUCAACUGAAGAAACUGAAUUGAGCAGUUCCAGCAGCAUGUCCCUGUUAAAUUGUCAGUCAAUUGAUUUGUCUGCACAGAAGAGCGAUGGAUCAGGUGAAACGUCGCCUGAGAUAGUUCCGUUUCAAGAAGAUCGGUUUGAAAUGGUUCAAGACGGAAUACGAGAAGAUUCGAGUGUUCAAUGUGACAGUUCGUCAAUGGAUUACCCAGCAACAGAGGCUUCAUCUUUGGGAAAAGAUGUUCGUGAUUCGAAACCGAAACCAUUCUCCUUCGGCCGGAUGCCAACAAGCUUUUCUGAAAGGGCGCAGACAACGAGUUCGGUUGGCGUAAACGAGGUUCAGAAAAAUGAUAUAGAAUAUUGUGUCAUUGUUUUGGACAAUAAAAAUGGUGCAGUUAUUGGAUUCGAGACUAAUCUUCUGAAGCUUAUGACUAUUGUUAUGGAAGAAACCGACUUGAAGCGAUACGGAACACUGAGAUUCAUAUCUGAAAGAGAAGGAAAUGGGAAAGUUUACCCAAAACUAGGAACAGUCCGGUUUACGGAACCCGUCGACUCUGUAAUUGUCAAUGGCGCUACAUCGAUACCAGCCAGAGUUAUGUUCUCAUCUAAUCAAAAGCAUGGUUCUUAUAACAAAACUGUCGCAUUCUCCGAUUCUUAUGGUCUUGUGAGAAUUCCCGAAUCGAAUGCAUCGUUGAAGCACAUGGCGGUUUACAACACCUUUAUUCAGCUAUGUCAAAACGAAGACAAAUUGAAGCCCAUCUUUAUAUCUGUCAGUCCUCUAAAACAAGAUGAUAACGAUCCCAACGCGAGGUUCAUUGAAUCUAUGUAUAACUAUGAAGACAAUAUCUUUACUGACUAG